UCCAAACUUGUUCGCGAUUCAGCACGAUGAGGUGGACAACGGGAUUAUUUGCAGUCCUGUUUUUAAUAGCAGCUAUUCGAUCAGCACCGUUACAAAGGGCCGAGGGUGAUGAUGAAGACGAUCCGUCGAGACUGCCCAAAAGCUCACAACCCAUUAGCUACGCCAUUCAACUGACCACCAAUGUUCAUACGGGCGAGAGGGCUUUUACUGGAGAAGUAACAAUCGAAAUUAAGAUUGUAAACGAAACGGAUACGAUAACGUUACAUAAUAAUGGUCUAACGGCUAUCACAACACGCUUGUAUGGCAAUGGUAUCGAUGAUGUAGCGCACACAACUAGUUCGGAUACAUCAAGAAACUUCUUCUUUAUUACGGCCGACCGGACUUUGCUAGUGGAUGAAUUGUAUACCAUCCACAUAACGUACAGCGGUCAGUUGCAGACCAGCAUGAAUGGAUUUUAUUUAUCGUCCUACAGAAUAGGAACUGAGACUAGAUAUUUAGCAUCGACGCAAUUCCAAUCGACUGGUGCUCGCUAUUCCUUCUUUUGCUAUGAUGAACCGGAAUUCAAAGCAGAAUUCGGGCUUACCAUCACCCAUGCUACAGAUUAUUCAGCUAUUUCGAACACAAUCGGAGCUGCAGUGAACAAUGGUGACGGCACGACAACGACAUCGUUCCCGGUAACCCCAAUCAUGUCCUCUUACCUUCUGGCUUUUGUUGUGUCCGAUUUUGAUUAUUCAACCAACGAGGAAGGACUGGCAGCGGGUGAAACUAUACAAAGGGUAUACGCUCGUCCAGAUGAAAAACAACGGACUGAGUACGCCCUGGACAGUUCAAUUAAAUUCCUGAAGCAGCUCGAGUCAUGGGCAGACUAUGAAUACGAACUUCCGAAAAUGUUUUCGGCUGCAAUUCCUGAUUUUGCUGCCGGUGCAAUGGAGAACUGGGGUCUCAUCACCUACAAAGAACAAUAUUUGAUUCUCGAAGAAGCAUCGCAUCCGCGAGAAAAGUUCGACAGUCUUCGUGUUAUUGCCCAUGAACUGGGUCAUCAAUUUUUCGGGAACGUCGUCACUUGCAAAUGGUGGAAUUAUAUUUGGUUAAACGAAGGCUACGCGACGGUCUUCGAAUACUUGCUGGUGGACAGGCAAUAUCCUGAAUUGAGAAUGAACGAACUGUUCAGUAUUAUAAACGUACAGGGUGCUUUUAGACCCGAUUCCUUGGAAAGUUCUCAUCCGAUGACAUAUAAUGGUCAAACACAAAGCUUGAUUAUAUAUAACAAAGCUGGAAGCGUAAUUAGAAUGUUCCAGUAUGCACUCGGAGACGAAUUGUUUGCCAGAGCAAUGAAAUACUACUUGGAAGAAAACCAUCAUAAACCCGUGACAUCUGACGACUUGUAUGCAGCUGUUGAAGUUGUGUUGGCACAAACGAAUUUCGAAGAUUUUGACUUUACUAGAGCGUUCCGAACAUGGGAAAACCAGAAGGGUUAUCCCUUGGUACAUGUAACAGCUGACUAUGAUUCAAAUCAAUUCAGAGUAACGCAACAGCGUUACUUGGCUCUUACCGAUAAGAAUGAAGAGGACAACACCCAAUGGUACAUUCCAUUGAAUUAUGUUGUAGCAUCGUCACCGCAAUUCGAUGAUACGACAAUUACAAACUAUUUCUUGGAAGAUCAAACCGAAUUGACUAUUCCUCAUCCGCCGUCGUUUGCAUCGGAUCAGUGGUUUGUGUUCAAUAAACAACAAAUCGGAUACUAUCGAGUCAACUAUGAUAACGAGAACUGGCAACAGCUCAUUCGAACGCUGAACAGUGACAAUUUUAAGGACAUUCAUGUGUCGAAUCGGGCUCAAUUGAUUGAUGAUGCUCUGAAUUUGGCCGCUGACGAGUAUUUGGAUUACAACAUUGCGUUCGGUAUUUUGUCGUAUUUGGAGCGUGAGACCGACUACAUUCCAUGGCGCGCAGUAGUUACGAAUUUAGAUAAAUUGGACUAUCUUAUUGCUAGCGAUUCAUCACUUUCUAACAAUUUCCAACGAUUCGUAAGGAAGCUCGCACGAUUGAUGUAUAUUACGUACGGAUUGGAAGAGGCAGUUGGCAGUACGAUGGUGGAUCAAUUUGCUAGAGAAUUGGCGAUUGACUGGACUUGUAGAAUGGGUGAUGAAAGAUGUUUGAGAGACACCUACGAUUACUUGAGAAGAAUCACUCAUGAAGGAUUGGUGGUUCCGAAAUCGUUAGAGACAACAUUCAUGUGUAACGGCCUUAGAGCCUCUGGCAGACAAGAUGAAUUUAAUGUUCUCUGGAAUCGAAUGCUAGACUCGAACGAUCAAUCCGAACGAAUUCGUAUCAUUGAUGGUUUAGUGUGCUCGUCAGAUUCGAACAAUUUGCAUAGUCUUCUACUAGCCACAAUUGCUCCCAAUGCGCAACCAACAUAUAGAGCUCAUGAAAUUACAAGAAUUUGGAGCAAUAUUGUCAGCAAAAGUUUCAUUGGUAUCGAUACAAUGAUCGAUUUCAUUGAUCAAAAUUACGAUGAUAUUCGGACUUGGUCAGGAUCACAGUCUUCUUCCACAAUUAAUUCCCUGUCUCAGAGAAUAUCAAGAAGCGCCGACCAACUGAAACUGACAAAUUUGAUCGAUAGAUUAGUAGCUAGACCAACCAACCCACUAAGUGCUGAUGCAAGAACAAGAGCUUUGGACAACAUGCAAGUUAACGCUGCAUGGAUUGCAUCAGAGAAAUUCGCUCGUGCCACAAAUUUUGUGAAUGAAGUUAUUGGAGUCAUUGAUGCUGAACAAAACCAAUUGAUUUUACCUAAGACUUCCGAGCCAAGACACUACAAUAUUCACAUCACAGCAACUAAUAUUCCCACGGGUGGUCAGGAUUUUUCCGGAGAGAUCGAAAUCGAUGCAUUAGUGAAAGUGACUACCGACAGGAUCAUCAUACAUUCCAGGGAACAAACUGUUCUGGAUGUGCAAGCCUUUAACAAAAACGGCAUGACACCGAUUACUGUUUAUGACUUUAGUAGAUACGAAGCCGCUCAUACGCUGACCAUUUACUUUUUGAAUGAGAUUCCGGCCGAAACGGAGAUAAUUUUGCGAAUCAAAUACGAAGGCAUUAUGCAGACAGCUGCAACGAACUACGGUUUUCAUAUUAGCUCAUACGUUCACGAAGGCCAAACGAGAUACAUGGGAGUUACACAAUUCGAAUCAUCGUUGGGAUCUCGUUUCGCGUUUCCUCAUUACGAUGAACCCAGAUACAAAGCGACAUUCCAACUGACAUUGACCCACAGUAGCAGUCAUCAUGCCAUUUCGAAUACCCUUGGUACUGCUGUUGAAAAUGGCGUCACAGGAACGACCACAACCACAUUCGUUCAGACACCGAGGAUGUCAUCCUAUCUGUUGGCGUUUAUAAUAUCCGAUUUGGAAAGCGUGACCAAUGCAGAUACAAUUGGAGCCGGUGAAACACUGCAUAGAAUCUGGGUUCGACCGGAUUCGACGUCCAAAGCCUGGUUCGCUCUGCAAUCGGCCGAUUCGGGAUUGAAGGCAUUGGAAAGUUAUUUGAAUUUUGAUUUUGCCUUACCAAAAAUGGAUUCAGCAGGAGUCCCAGGCAAAAACGGAGCUAUGGAAAAUUGGGGAUUGAUCACGUACUGGGAAAGUUCAAUGAUCUACCAAGAAAACUAUGAGGAUAUCACCCACGCCCUCAAAUUCUCUGGGGUCAAUGUAAUUUUGCACGAAACAGCUCAUCAAUUCUUCGGAAACGCAGCCACUUUCGAAUGGUGGGACUAUCUCUGGCUCUCUGAAGGUUUCGCAACGCUCUUGUCAUAUCAAAUUACUGAUGAUUUGCACCCCGACUGGCAACAGAGACACUUUUUCAAUAUAAGAGAAUUGCAGAAUGCCUUCCGAUACGACUCAAACGUGACCAGAUCAAUGACUCCAACGCCAAGUUUGGUAACACCAGCUGAAAUAAGAUCCACAUUCGACCCCAUUGCCUACGAUAAAUCUGGUAGCGUCAUUCGAAUGUUCCAAAACGCAGUCGGUGAGGAUAUUUUCAGAGCGUCGCUCACACAAUACUUAACCGAUAACGAGUUCCAAUCGGCCAUCCCGCAAAACCUAUAUGACGCUUUCCAAGCGACUAUGAAUGCAGCAUCGUUCACCGAAUUCGAUUUUGCCGUCGCCUUUAGAACAUGGGAACAACAAAAGGGCUACCCAGUCAUUCAUUGCACCUACUCGAACGGCCAAUUUGAAAUUCGUCAGGAAAGAUACUUCAUACAAAAGCCAGCCACGUCAAAUGAUACCAGCAACUGGUACAUUCCACUCAACUUUGCUAUUGCAUCAAAUCCUAACUUUGACGAUACACGAAUCACGAACUACUUCAAUAAUGGACUACCCACAACCACAAUCCCAGCGCCGUCAUCAUUCGAUACGAGUCAAUGGUUCAUCUUCAACAAACAACAACUGGGAUACUAUCGAGUCAAUUAUGAUGCCGAUAACUGGCACGCAAUCAUACUUGCAUUGAACAGCCGGGACUAUGCCAAUAUUCAUGUACUCAACAGAGUCCAGCUCAUUGACGAUGCCGUCAAUUUUGCUAGUGGUGGUUACAUCACAUACGAUGUCUUGUUCGGCCUGAUGCAAUAUCUGAGCAGAGAAACCGAAUACACGCCAUGGUAUUCGGCCGAUAGAUUUAUCAGCUUACUGUACACCGCCUUCGGGCCGUUCAAUGCGGACCUUAAUUCAUACGUUCGUCAUCUCUCCCAACGAAUGUACUCCAGCUACAAGCUGCCAAGCACGAAUAUUAUCCCAGUCGAAGAAGUUUAUGAACGUUACGGUCGUGAAAUUGCCACGCGACUUGCAUGUAACGCCGGAAACGAAGAGUGUUUGGAAGACACUGCGAACGUUCUUAGAGGAUUCAUCGACUCUGGUCGACAGAUUCCUAAGGGCUUAGAAAGUGUUGUUUUAUGCAACAGUUUCAAAACAGCGAAUAGUGAGGAAUGGUCAAUUAUGUGGAGUGAAAUGCGCACCACAAGUGACACCACGUUCCGAUCGCAAAUUCUCAGUGGACUGGGUUGCAGCAGAAACUCCACAUUGUUGCAGAGUUAUUUGGAAUCGACAAUCGAUUCCGAAAAUACGUUCAGCCAAGCCGAGCGCCGAAAUGUACUCAGCUCAGUUUUGAAUAGUAACGUUGGUCUGCAGGCCGUCAUCAAUUUCAUCAGAGAUUUCCGAUUGGACAUUAUGUCGUACUAUUCGUACACCUUGGAAGAAAUGAUUCUGGUUCCUGCCAGAACCGUUAAAACCAGGGCACAACAAACGUUAUUCAACAAUUUCUUGCAAACAUUGACCGAUCUCGGUGCCGAAGCUACUGGACGAGUCAACACCAUCGUUGAAAAUAAUUUCGUAGCCCAACAACAGUCUUUCUACCCAGAUGUGAUGGCAAUGGUGCAAUCGGCCAGUGAAAACCAAUUGAGACUGCCGAGGACAUCCGAACCACGGCAUUACACGUUGCACUUGGACGCACGAAACAUUCCGUCCGGUAAUAGAGCUUUCACCGGAGAAAUCGAAAUACAAACUGUGGUCACCGAACCGACAGACCGGAUCGUAAUCCAUUCGAAAACUCAGAUCAUCGACGAAUUGCAUGUGUUCCGCGGGGCUAACGAAUUGGAAUUGAUUGAAUAUCAUUUGUAUCCGGAAGCAGACACCCUCACAAUCUACUUUGUCGACUAUGUGGUGACGAACGACGAGCUGACCAUUCACAUCAAAUACAGUACAAAUCUUGUUGACGGAGCCACCGGAUUCUAUCAAACGUCGUACACAAUCAACGGCCAGGUGAAAUAUCUGGGCGCAACACAAUUCGAAUCAACUGGUGGUCGAUAUUGUUUCCCACAUUACGAUGAGCCAGGAUUGAAAGCAACAUUCGACUUGUCUAUCACGCAUGACACCGGUCACACAGCCAUAGCGAAUACAUUGUCGUGGAGAGUUGAAAACGGUGAUGGAACGGCUACAACCAGUUUCGGUACAUCACCGGUCAUGUCUUCGUACUUGUUGGCGUUUGUCGUUUCCGAUUUGGAAUAUGUCGAUAACGAGGAUACCAUGGAACCAGGCGGAACACUUCACAGAGUCUGGGUUCGACCGGAUUCGUUAGACAAGGCCUGGUAUGCGGUGGAGGCAUCUGACCGAGUACUGCAGGCAUUGGAAGAAUAUACUGGCUUCGACUAUGAAUUACCGAAAGUCGAUUCAGCCGGUGUUCCGAACAAAGGAGGAGCGAUGGAAAAUUGGGGAAUGGUCACAUACAGAGAGAACGCAAUGAUUUAUGAGGUGAACUACGAAGACAUUUCUCACUCACAAAAAUGGAGUGGAGUCGGAGUCAUUGCUCACGAAUUGGCACAUCAGUUCUUCGGCGAUUCGGUGACAUGCGAGUGGUGGGAUACUAUUUGGUUGAACGAGGGCUUUGCUACAUUAUUCGAAUAUCAUCUCGUUGGAAUGCUCUAUCCAGAGUGGCGAGUCAAGGAUAUGUUCAACUUACGUACCCUACAGAAUGUGAUGCGCAAUGAUGCUCGAGGAGUGACCAGACCGAUGACAAAACCUUUGUUGACUCCAGCAGAGAUUUCAGGAGCUUUCGACUAUGUCGUCUACGCUAAAGCUGGCAGUGUGCUUCGUAUGUUCCAAUAUACACUUGGUGAGGACAUCUUCAGAGCAGCGCUUAGACUCUAUUUGAAUACAAACAACCACAAAGCUAUCAAUUCGCAGCCCUUGGUUGAUGCGUUCAGAACCGAGAUGGCAAAUCAAGGAUUAAACAAUUUCGAUUUUGAUGUGGCAUUUAGAAGCUGGGAACUGCAAGCCGGCUAUCCGGUCAUUCAUGUUAGUUACAUGGAAGCGGGACAAUUCCAGAUAACGCAACAGCGAUUCUAUACUCUGAGCAACGAGUCGCUGGGCGACCCAAGCAGCUGGUACAUUCCAUUGAAUUUUGCGACAGCCUCCAAUCCGAACUUUGACGACACAUCAAUCACCAACUACUUCGUAAAUGGAAACAACGAGUACCGAUUCGAUCCGCCCAGUCAAUUUGAGUCCAAUCAGUGGUUCAUCUUUAACAAACAACAGCUCGGCUAUUAUCGCGUCAACUAUGACCUUCAGAAUUGGAAUGCUCUGAGCAAUGUGCUGAAUAGUGAUGACUACGGUCAAAUUCAUGUACUCAACCGAGCCCAGCUAAUUGAUGACGCUUUGAGUUUUGCACAGGGCAACUAUUUGGAAUAUGAUGUGCUGUUGGAGCUUUUGCCAUACUUGCAACGUGAAACCGACUAUCCUCCAUGGUAUGCCGCCGAUCGAUUUAUCAGUAUAUUGUACGGUGCGUUUGGACCGUUCAACGUUGAAUUGAAACAAUUCGUCAGAACAUUGUCCGAACAGUUCUACGACGCAUUCCAAGUGCCCGACAACGGUAUCAUUCCAUUCGAAGAGCUAUUCCAGCGAUAUAGUCGAGAAUUGGCAUUAAAAUUGGCCUGUAAUGCCGGUAACGAAAGAUGCCUCGCUGACACGUUCAAUGUGAACCGAAAUUUCAUCGAAAACGGUCGCGCCGUACCGAAAGGCUUGGAAGGAGUGGUCCUUUGCAGUGGAUUUAGAGGAACGGGAAAACAAACUCAGUGGUCGGCAUUGUAUCAAACGUUGCAAACAACAACCGACACGACUUUAAGAAGUCAAAUUCUUAACGGAUUAGGUUGCACGGACGAUACAGACAGCCUCAGAAUCUAUUUAGAAUCGAUUGUAGCUGAAGGAAACACUUACACUGAAAACGAACGAUGGGCUGUUCUCAAUGCCGUUCUCAACAGUCAAUCAGGCCUACAGGCCGUCGUUAACUUUAUUAGGGACUUUGAGUCGGACAUUUUGGAAUACACCACUUUGGAAGAUCUGCUGCGCAUUCCAGCCGCAACGAUAAAGACCGAAGAACAGAAAACAAUAUUUGAAAACUUCUUGGCUACCAUCACCAAUCUAGAUGGAGCGAGUCGCGGACGUAUCACGGCUAUCGUCGAUAACAACUUUGCCGUUCAACAACAAUACGAAACAUCAAUAGCCUUCAUUCGACAGUAUUUGUAUCAGCAAACAUCGACAGUGGAACAAACUGAACCAACUACAGUCCCACCGGAAACAACUGUACCCCCAACUUCACCUCCAACAGAUCCAACUACAACGGAGUCCCCUGAAACAACCACACCAUCGGGAGCUGCAUCAAUGGGAAUUCAAUUUGCUACAAUUUUUGCUAGCAUUGUUGUAGCUGUUGCCUGUAAAAUUUAAUUGACUGAUGGUCUAGCGGGAGAUCGUAUUUUGUGUGAAGUAUUUAUAAAAACAAUUUGAACAGAAAAAUUGAUUUUUUUUAAUAUUAAAGAAAAAUUC